CCAGGAAAGUUAAAGCUGGCAGAGUUAACCCCCCCCGCGCCUGGCUGCCGACAACUCCCUGGACCUGCAAUCCAUGGCACCACCAGCAGCGCGCCCGACUCACUCGUCCCCAUCCCUGGGGACACGGCAGGGCUCCUGUCGUCACAGGUGGUCGAGCUUCCCGGCACCACUCCCCAGUCAGCCUGGAAGCACCCUUUGCAGAGCGCACAGGGGCACCUGACAGAAGCCGUCUGCGCACAGGUGAUCCUGGCAGUGCUGGGGCUGGCAGCCAGCGAAUCACAGCCCCCGGUGUGGCAGAACCACACCGUGCUGCGAGGACAGCGGGUCCUGGUGCAGCCACUCACCCGCCUGCGCAGACAUGCCACCAGACACCCCUGCCCCGCUGGCAUGAACUGGAUCGAGCGUACUCACCAGUGCUGUCGCCAGUGUCCUGCAGGGACAUACCUGCACAAGCCCUGCACAAGCCACAAUGACAGAGUCUGCAAUCCCUGUCCCAUCGGCACCUUCCGCUCCCAGCCCAACACCUUGACAGAGUGCCAGGCUUGCUACGAGUGUGACCGACAAGUUUUCCAGAGUGUUCUGAGCAACUGCUCGGCCACCAGCAAUGUUGCCUGUGGCUGUGAGCCUGGAUACUUCCGUGUCUGCCUUGACAAGAGCUGCAGCGAGUUCUCAUGUCGGAAGUGCCAGCCCUGCACUGGGCGCCUGAUCCAGCGGCCCUGCUCAGAGACUCAGGACACACUCUGUGAGAGCAGCUGCAAGCCUGACUUCUACACCGAGGGCGACGAGUGCCGACCGUGCCACAUGAGCACCCUGGACACAUGCAGCAAAGAGUGCCAGCAAGCGUGUGGCAGCAGCAGCAGUGGUCAAGACUCAGGUCUGGAGUACAUCCUGCUGGGACUCACCGGGCCCCUCUUCCUGGGUGCCCUUGCCAUCUACCACAAGAGGAAGAGGCUCCGGCACGAUGCCCUGGCACCUGGUCCCCUGCCCACAGCACAGGCAGGCACCUCCAUGGCUGGGGCUGUGGCCACACCGUGGUGCCAGUUCAGUGUCCCGGGGUGGGACAGCCUGUGCUGGACCCAGCCGUGCUCCCCACAGGGGACAGAUCGUGCCACUGUCACGGUGAGGCAGAGCCCCAAGCACCAGGCCCUGCUGCGUGAGCAGCCCAGCGACGAGGAGGAGCCCUCUGCCCCACCGGAGCCCCGCAGUGCCCUGCUGCAGGGCAGCCAGCUCUAUGCUGUCAUCGACGCUGUGCCAGUACGGCGCUGGAAGGAGUUCAUGCGGAUGCUGGAGCUGCGGGAGGCGGAGAUUGAGCUGGUGGAGCUGGAGGUGGCCCACAUCCGUGACCAGCAGUACGAGAUGCUGAAGCGCUGGUGCCAGCAGACCAGUGCCACGCUGGAGCGCGUCUUUGCUGCGCUGGAGCGCAUGGAGCUGGCCGGCUGCGCCGAGGCACUGCGCCAGAGCCUACCAGCGGGGCCCUAGCCCCCAGCGUCACCCCAUGGCACAGGGAGGUCCUGGCACCUUCACAUCUCACGGGGCGCCUCUGCUGUGCCAUACCCCUAAGUAUUGUUACUUAUGCCGUGUAGACAUUUUAUGUCACUUUUAUGUCCCCUUCCUACCCACUGUGCCCCUCUAUUUAUGUCCCCCUGCUCCCAGGGCUAGGAGGGACCCCAUGCCCCAGCAGGUCGGCUGCCUGGCCACUCGCAGGACGAGCGGGCACCGAGCCCACUGCAAACCCAUGGGACAGUUCUCAAGGCUGCCCGCUGCCGGGCGUGCCUGUGCUCACCCCAAUAAAGUGGCGUGUUUUCCAUCGGCCGGCCCCCUCUCUUCCU